UAGGCAUUGGCACCGAUGGAAAGGCUUAAACUCUACAAGCACCACACCACCCAGCUCUGCUCCAAUUGUGGCUACAGCUUCACCAGCGUCUGCGGUGACCAUGAUCUUGCCCGCCUCGCCCGCACAGACUAUCUACCAAACAGCGAUCACAGUCGUGAAUGGCUUCGGAGUGGGCUGGCCACACUCGAGGCCAGCCUCCAAGACUGCGACGCCGAACUCGCGCGAUUUGAGGCAGCAUUGUGGCGUUUCCAAUUGCAUAAGACCAGCAUCGAGGACUCAGUUGCUGACGCGAGAGCGCUCCUCGCACCCAUCCGCUACGUGCCUCCAGAAGUUCUGCGCGCAAUCGCCGCAUAUACGCUCCCGCCCACGUGGUUUGACGACUCAAUUGGCACCAAUACAUGGCCAUUCGCCCAAGUGUGCCACGUCUGGAGAGAGAUCGCGCUCGGACUGCGCUGGCCAUCGGCAGACUUUCGGUUGCCUGACUGGGAGUUGGACUGGCGCGGACUGAGAGGAGAGUCCUUGAUCGCUGCGGUGACUGAGUAUAUCCAACGCUCCGGCGGAUAUCCUCUUCGCGUAUCCGUGGGUCCUGAACAUUCCGUCACAUCCUGGAUACCUAUCAAUCCCCAAGUGUGGCAAGUGAUCUGGGCCAACGCAGAUCGAUUGCAGGCUCUCGACAGCGUCACUUCCCUCGUCAACGGAAUACCUUAUCCUUUUCUCCCAGAGUUGGCCUCGCUCUCUAUCCGCGGACAUCCACCCGAUGAAUCUGAGGAUGAAACGGUAGCGCUCCCUGAUACCACUCUUGUUCCAAACCUCCGCAAGCUGCAACUUUCCUUCGCCGGCUCUCCCGCCUCGAGUGGGUUCGACUGGUCUAGGCUACAUGUACUUGAUGUCAGGUGUGAAAGGCUCGACGACCUUCACGCGCUUUCUUUCUGUCUAUUCCGCCAUGCCCAGGGUUUUCCUAAAUGGAAGGAGGUUCCCACAGUUGGUCUCACGUGCAACCAACUUGGUCGCACGUGA